GCAGUUAAUAGAUCUAAUGUCAUAUAGUAGUAUCCUCACUAAAAUCCUAGCUUUCUAAUUGGCCCAUACCCCUGCCGCACUAAGAUUAGUAAGCGACAGCAGCCCAUGGGAUAUCCAACCUAAAUUGCAUAUCCAGCCUGAUCAUCUGCCCACCCUUCUCUUUUCGCCUUGUGGCAGACACCAAAUCGCUGGAUUUAUGAUCAAUGCACCAGCAGCAAGUCCAAUGGCACGUGCGAUCUUCAAUAUCUCGUCGCUCAGACUGCACUGUAGGACUGCCCCUCCCCCGGAUCCCUCAACAUGGAACUCCAUGUUCCAUUCCAUAGGUAUAGAAUAUUGAGACACUGUUGAUUUUCCUCCGCAUGCUACCUUUUCAUGGCAGGUCGCAGGACGCACCAUGAGAACGUAUGUCAGCAUAAUUUCCACGACUUUUCCAAGAGAACAUUCCCUGACAUUCACUACGUCUCAGACGGCUAAGUUCUGAUGUUCGAGGGUGUUAUGUGUUUGUUAAAAUGCAAAGACUGCAACAUUUGAUCAGUCUCUGUUCCGAGGAACAAAAAGAGGUGUGCUCAUCUGAUCGCUUGCGCUCAACAAGCGAUGUCAGGUACCUAUCCUUUCAUGCGUCGCAUAAUUCCCGGAACCGGGAGCAACGCUCUCAUGACUUGCUUAUUUUUAUAUAAGAGGAAGGUUGCAAAUGGACACCGAGGUCCCACGAUCUGUCUACUAUCGCGGAACCCUGUCACAUAAUGCCUUGCGGACUUGCAUGGUGACAUGCAGGCACUUCAAAUUGUAUUCUGCACCUGCAGGGACUUGACUUGCCUACAUAUACGAUAUCUGGCUGCCUAAUGCUUGGCCUAGAUUGCGACAUACUUUAAAUUAUGGAAAUAAGCUUUGAGGCAGCUGCCACUUUAUUCAUGUCAAGCCUCUUCCGAGAGCAAGGGCUUAACUCUCAUCACCGAACCUCGCUUGCUGCAUAUAUUUAUUUACCUUCUCUCGCUUCCUAUUUUUAUCCCAUCCAGCGCUUUUGAUGCCUUCGAUUAUUUAAACUGUCAAGGUCCAACAAACAAUUAUGCAGAUCAAGACAGUGAAGACCGAAGCAAACCGCAGGUUCGGACCAACUUCAUGAUAAGCAAGGGGCGGGGUUAAAGCAUAUGCCAAGCAAACCCAAGGGAUUUCGCUUGGCGAAUAUAUAAUUUAAAUGGAUCUCCUUCCUAAUCAACCAGGGCCCGCGGCUUGGCCAUUCUAUAGCUCCUUCUAGCAAAGGAAACCGAGCAUCCACUCAGAUUGUGUGGGGUCUUUGUACCUGAGCGUAGUACCCGGAUGGACUUGUGACUUUGGCAACGAAUUCGCCUCCGUUGGAUUUCCUCAGGCACGAUAGCAUGCCAAGUAUCUUGAGUCCUUCCUUUCCUAGCCCUAGGGUCACAAUAGCGACGGAAUGGAAGCUCUCUCCCCGUGGGUACUCGCAGAUAUGCUGGAAGAGGAUCGGCACGCCAUGCAAUAGCUCAAUCUUGUCGACUGCUUGAAAGAUGGGUCGUGAGGGGUAUUUAUAACAGCUCAAGUCCCCAUUCUUUUUUCCAGGGCACUCCUCUUGUCGUAAAAGACUCAAUCUUUCUCAAAGUUUCUCUUGAGCUGUCUUUUCUUUCCGGUAACUGGCAUUAGUUGUUCAAUAUGCGUUUCCCAUCCACCGCAAGCGCGCUCGUGCUCAGCGCAGCCGCUGUUCUGGCGAAAGAGCUUCCCAAGGAUGAGCUCAAGGCUGUCGCCUAUGACUCUGGCGAGGUCAUGGAAAAAAUGAUGAUGAAAAAGUUUGCCCAUUGGGAUGCAGAGCUCGCGGCGGGUGUUAUGGAUUCAUCACAAUGGCCAAGACUCAACUGGACCACCAAAUGUGUGAAUGGUCUGGCCGCAGCUAUUCCUGGUGACCCACACCACACCUUCAGAUGCAAGAACACCGACCUAUACGACUUCAUCAACCAUGCAACUCUUGGCUCUCCAGUAAGUGAUGCUGAGGGUAGAACUGGAAGUUCAGCAUGGGGAUGGACAGAUCCUAAGUCUGGACGAGAGUUUGCUGUUUCUGGAAUGUAUCAGGGAACUGCAUUCAUCGAGAUCCUGAAGACCGGCAGAAUGGUCGAGCUCGCCUUCCUUCCACCAGCGGCUCCUCUCGGUCGAUAUGCUUUAUGGAAAGAAAUCCGUCCAUACAAGAACUUCAUGCUCAUCGGUAGCGAAUUGGAACAGUCAGGUGUCCAGAUCUAUGAUAUGACCAAACUUCUUACCAUCGAUGCUUCGAAAGGCCCAGUUCUGCUCACCCAGGCCGACUUGACUGGUCACUUCACUGAUCUCCCCCUCGGCCGCAGCCACAACGUUGUCGUAAACGAGGAGCGCAACUACGCAGUUGCCGUUGGCUCUGCCCCAAGAAACGAUAGCUGUGGUGCCGGUCUCAUCUUUUUCGAUCUCACCGACCCUUCCAAGCCUACCCGCAUGGGCUGUGAUGGUUCGGAUGGUUACGUCCACGAUGCACAAUGCUUGGUGUACCGUGGUCCAGAUGUCAAAUACCAAGGCCGUGAUAUUUGCUACGGGUACAAUGAAGACACUCUGACUAUCUACGAUGUCACUGACAAGAAGGCUUCCAAGGUUAUCUCAAGGACUUCGUACGAGGGAGCUACCUACACUCAUCAAGGAUGGGUCAAUGACAAGCACUGGCAAGAAUUCCUCUUCCUCGACGAUGAGAUUGAUGAGGAAGAGUUCGCCGGCCCAGCAGCUGACCAAUACCCCGUGACCUACAUUUUCGAUAUCCGCAGCUUGGAGGCACCCAAGCAGACCGGUCUCUACAAAGCCGCCAACAUCGGAAUCGACCACAACCAAUACGUCAUCGACGGCCUGAACUACCAAGCCAACUACGGCUCCGGUCUCCGUGUCUACGACGUUUCAUCCGUCCUUGAAGACCCAACUGGGGACAGCGUCUGCGAGGUCGCAUUCUUCGACAUCUUCCCCGAGGACGACAACCUACCCGGUGGAGGCGAGGCAGUCUACUCCGGUACCUGGGCCACAUACGCAUACUUCCCAUCUGGCUUCAUCUUCAUCAACACGAUCGAGCGCGGCGCAUUCGUCGUCAAGAUCAAUAAGAAGGAGAAGUGCAAGCCGAAGACUUGUAAUGCCGAUAACUGUCUCCGUGCCAUGCGCGCGAACAGCAUCCCUGGCCGCUUGGAGGAGAGCAAGAAGUUCUGUGGGGAGUUCACGAAGACUUUUGUGGCGAAUGUUACGCUGGUUGCGGAUUACGCUGUUGAUGCUUGCCAGGGUAAUGUUAUCUCUAGAGUCAGCUCCGCCUGUACUUGUAUCCAGACUACGACUGCUACAUAGAAGCAGGAAGUAGCUGAGUUAAGUAGAUAGAUCUGCAGGAAGAAGAAAUGUUAAUCAUAAUACUCAACCAACUUCAAAAAAUUAGGCUGCAAAAAUUGUCACCCCAGAUUAUCUGCUUAACCAUCCCAAUGACUAUUUAGUGUUCUGGUAGGAAUUGCUGGCAUCCCCAAAGGCUCGCUAACGUUGUUUUCAAUGUGCUUGAAACUUCAGGCUCUUUCAGCUAAGUGCGGGGUAAAAAGUGCCCCGCCAAGCCCCCUAAUCCUACCUACCAGCUAACUUCAAGCCCUGAAAAGUUUCUAGAGUUCCUGGAGUCACACAUCC